UAUCGAGUGUCUAAAAUUAUAAAUUUAUGAAAUAACUUAUCCUGCAAUCAAGGGAAGCUACUCGUCAAAUUUAUUUUCUAUCAAACAAAGCGAAAAAAAACACAAAAAUCCAAAAAGAAAUGACAGAAAUAACACUCCGAUACGAUGCGAUUCAGAAAAGUAUUGGGGGCUCUGAUGCCUAUUACAAUGAUGCUAUAGAACAAGCUGCAAGCUUCAAUGUUAGAUUAAAGAAUGAUCGUAAAAUGAGACUGCCAUUCCUUGACUCACAAACUGGUGUAGCUCAAAGUCAUACAGAUCUAUGGCAUACAUACAGGCACAGGCAACCAGGAAAGUUUCCAGGUCAGAUAUACUCGUAUCCAGAGAGAAGAUGGAAAAAGAAACGCCAUUACUUCUUGUUCCCUGAAGAGCGUACAGCAAAAACAAGUGAAAUAGAGACUGGUGAAUCAGAGAUUAGUACCCCAAGACGUAAACAACGACAAGAAGUGGUACAGCCAGACAUGCAUCAGAUUAGUACAGUAGAAAACCCUGCAGCAAGGACAGAAGCUGAAGAGUUUGGAGACCUGAAGAGUGAGACAAGCAAGGACAAGUGGUAUGAUGAUUAUGACGAGUACAUGGAGCCACCAGAUGCCGGGGAAAUGUGUGACGACCAAUCAGAUAUCAGUGACUUUGAACAGGAGUAUAUCAAGAAAAGAAAACGCAAGGGCAAGGGUGGUGGUAGAGUCGUUCGUAAGAAGAAGGUAGUUGAGAAAGAAGAUAAGGAGAAGAUUGAUGAAGAGAAAGAAAAGCCAUAUGCAUGUGAAGUGUGCAAUGCCCGUUACAAGACUCGGCCUGGAUUGUCAUAUCACUAUAAUCAUUUCCACAACGGCAUGAUGGAACCCGAGGAGCCAGAACCCUCACCCAAGUCUGUCGUUAAGACUCCUCCGAAACUGGAAAAGGAGGAGAGAGUGAAACAAACUCCUAUUAUAAUACUGCCAGAGCGAGGAGAAGAUGGUAAGAUACAGAACAGUAACUAUUGUGACUUCUGCCUUGGUGACGCUGACGAGAAUAAAAAGACCGGUACAGCCGAGGAACUUGUGUCCUGUAGUGACUGUGGAAGAUCAGGUCACCCAACAUGUCUACAGUUUACAACUAACAUGACAAUAUCAGUGAAGAAAUAUCCCUGGCAGUGUAUAGAAUGUAAAUCAUGUGGUCUCUGUGGAACAUCAGAAAAUGAUGAGCAGUUGUUGUUUUGUGAUGACUGUGACCGUGGUUACCACAUGUAUUGUUUGAAUCCGCCUCUACAGGAGGCACCUGAAGGUAAUUGGAGUUGUCACCUGUGUAUUGAAGAGUUCCAUGGAGGCAAGAAGCCAGCUGGCAUGGUAUAAAAUGUUCAUCUCUAUUACACAUUCAUCAUGGGAGCAAGAGAAAUCUAUGAUAUGUUUUUGUUGGAUUAUACACAUGCUAAUGUGUACAAGUAUAUUACUGAAAUAUGUAAAUACAGUAACAAUGUUGUGUCAUAAUGCUUGAACAUAAUGUACAAAACACAGUAAGAACUUGUUUGUAGAUAAAAGAUUUUGUUAGCCUUCUUGAAUAAAGAUUAUUUAGGAUAUAGAGAAUUAAAUGCAAUGAUGUGAAAAUCAAGUAAAACAUGAAAUACACAUACUGGAAAACUGUAACGUUAAAUGAUACAUGAUGUAAUCUCUAUUAAAGUGUUGUAUUUUCAUACAUGUAUUGUUGUCCUGAAGUUUUGUAUAUUUAAUGUUGUGCUUGCAUUUUCUUGUUUUGAUGUACGUGAGCACAUCACAAUUUCAGUGGGAGAAUAUUUUCAUAAGACAAGUUUAAAUUGCUUUUUUUUGGAGACAUUAUCUUUUUUGUUAAUUCUUCAAGAUUUUUGCCAUAAAAAAUAUUCAGACACAAUUUUCGAAAUCAUUGUAACAAUAUUGUAGCAAGUUAAUUGUUGUCAUUAUUUCAUGUCAAACAUGUAGUUCUAGUACUAGAAAUAAAUCAUUAACAGUUGAA